AGGCUUAGAACAUACGUUUCAAAUAUUUAUUGAGGAAGGAGGAAAGAAGAGGGGAAGAAAUAGAAGGGAAAUUAAGGGGGUUGCAAUUCUCAUGAACUGUGGAGUCGUGUUGGGUUUCUAUUGCUGGGGUUGGGAAUUCUUAACUGCUCUUCUUCUCUUCUUUCUCAUCAAUCAACCGUCCUCGUCAACUCCUUCUUCUUCUUCUUCCUCCUCCUGAUAGAUACAGGCAGGUAUGGAAAGAAAGGAAGUGAUGAUGAUGGAGGAAGUGAAGAACAAAGAGUCGUUGGAUCAGUUACAUGCAAGGAAGUCGAACCCACCACCCUUCUUGUUAAAGACAUACAUGCUGGUGGAGGAUCCCGCCACCGACGACGUCAUAUCGUGGAACGCUGACGGCACGGCGUUUGUGGUGUGGCAGCCGGCGGAGUUUGCCCGCGACCUUCUUCCUACUCUCUUCAAGCACAGCAACUUCUCUAGCUUUGUUCGCCAGCUGAAUACCUAUGGAUUUCGUAAAGCGGCGACGAACAGAUGGGAAUUUUGCAACAACAAAUUUAGGAAGGGGGAGAGAGAAAAACUAAGCGAGAUUAGACGAAGAAAGGCGUGGUCAAGCAGGCAACAACAACAACCAGCAGGAACACAAGGAAAUCAUCAGGAAUAUUCAGAGGAAGACCAAAGGUCUUCUUCAACCUCUUCGUCUUCUGGUUAUUCAACUCUCGUGGACGAAAACAAGAGACUCAAGAGAGAGAAUGGGGCAUUGAACUCUGAGCUCACGGCCAUGAAGAGGAAGUGCAAGGACCUGCUUGAGCUCGUGGCUAAGCAUGCCAAGAAAACCGAGCAGGAAGACGAGAGGCCUAUGUUAUUUGGGGUAAGGCUCGAUGUGAACCAAGGACAGAGAGACUUGAAGACAGAGACAAAUAAUAAUCCCAGUAUUUUACUGCCCCAGUCAUGCAAAUGAAUCCGUCAUAGAUCAUAAUAUACCAUACGUACAGUGUUAAAUAUAAUAAUAUAAUAUCGUCUAAGUCAGGAAUGAAAUUGCUGGCAAAAAACCAAAAAGUCAGGAAUGAAAUUCAACAGUGAAGACAGUUCAAUUGUAUCUAGUUUUAUGUGCUGUGUUAUAUCAAACAAAUCACAUUGUUACGUUAUUAUACGGUCUUU